GGGGGCCAGCUUAGAUCCUGCUGCUCCCCUCCCCCCCAAUAGGGAGCCUGUCAGCUGCUGAGAGCUUCCCCCACCUGCAGCACCCACCAGGUAUUCACUUGGGCCCCUGGGUGCCCACUCUGCUUCCAGAGGGUGCUUCCUGUGUUCCCUUCUUCCUAAGUGCCUAGAGGGGACCUGGGGUGCUGUGCCCCUCUGGCAUCCCUCUUGGGUGCUGGGAUUUCCUCACCAAGCUUGUCCUCCGCGUGACACGCAUAGGGGUUGUCCUGGUUGGCAUUUGCGCCCUGCUUGGGACCUAGAGCAGCACAGUCCACGGGAGGUUGCACCGAGCUAGUUUGUGCCCCUCGGUACUGGAUCCAUCGCAGGGAGAGGAUUCUGGCAUGUACACCCCAGGUGGCUCUGGGUUGCCUGGAGGGCGCAGGCGGAGAGGCCAGAGUGGAGGUGCCCUGCCAAAGCAGCCAGAGAGGAGCCUGGCUUCUGCGCUGCCCGGCGCCCUGUCUAUCACAGCCCUGUGCACUGCGCUGGCGGAGCCUGCCUGGCUACGGAUUCACGGGGGGACCUGUUCCCGUCAGGAGCUGGGUGUAGCUGAUGUACUUGGCUACGUUGAUCCAGAAUUGCUUAGAGACUACUGCAUGAAUCCACAGACAGUCUUGUUGCUCCGGGUCAUCGCUGCUUUCUGUUUCCUUGGAAUAAUCUGCAGCCUUUCAGCUUUCCUGCUGGAUGUUUUCGGACCCAAGCAUCCUGCACUGAAGAUCACUCGGCGCUAUGCCUUUGCUCACAUUCUCACAGUUUUGCAAUGUGCCACUGUGAUUGGAUUCUGUUACUGGGCCUCGGAGCUGAUUCUUGCACAGCAGCAGCAGCACAAAAAAUACCAUGGAUCUCAAGUCUACGUCACCUUUGCUGUCAGCUUUUACCUAGUGGCGGGAGCUGGCGGAGCCUCCAUCCUCGCUACUGCUGCCAACCUGCUGCGCCACUACCCAACUGAGGAGGAGGAGCAGGCACUGGAGCUCCUGUCUGAGAUGGAGGAGAAUGAACCUUACCCAGCGGAGUACGAAGUGAUCAACCAAUUCCAGCCGCCUCCUGCUUAUACGCCAUAAUGCUGCUUUCUCCCAGCCCCCCAAAACUAACUGCCCACCUCUUUUUGGGAAUGCACUCCCUUGCCCAUGGAGGCCACUCAACAGUGCCUCACUUCCCAGGCACCUUGCUCACUCUUAUGCUCUUCUACCCACAAGGGAGAGGACUUGCUUUAGAGAGUCAAAUGACCAGCGGUUUCUUCUUACACAGCCCCCCAAAACCUCCUUGUUUUAUGGACUUUGUUUUGUGAUUUUUAUCUCCCACUCCCAUGCACUGUAUGUACCUGGCAGUGCUGAAAUACUCCCUGACCAAGGUGAUUUCAGCAGCUCUCAACUUCCUGUGUAAUCUCAGAGACUCGUACUGUGCUGCCCCAAUACUCCCACUCACCCACGUACUCACCAGCAUGGUGCAGGAAAUCACACCUGUCUCUGACAUGCAUGUGCAUACCUGGAGGAGGGGUGUGUGUGGUUGGGGGCAGGGGGGUUUCAUAAUCUUGCAUUGUGAUAUUCAAGAUAUCAUUCACACUGGCCCGUAUACCUACAUGGAGGUGAAAGUCACACAGGUACACACACCUGCAUUAGAGGUGAAUUCUACAGUCUUCUGCUGUUGUCCAUGCAAGCUCAGUCAAGCCUCUGUAGAGGUGUAACUUAGUGAUAAGUACACCCUGGAGAGGUGUGUUCCAUAGGAGCACCGUGACACCUAUAUAUAGGUGAAACUCCCGCCACUAUGAACUAGUGUGUAGAGGAGAAAUUCCUUUAUAUCGGUAGCAUACUAGGUGAAAGGUCUAGCAAAUCUGCCACCGCUGCUUUUUCCACUUCCACACUCUGAUUCAUGCUAUUGACACAAGCAUUUUGCACUUUAUUCUCCGAGCUCAUGGCCUUCCCCCUCUCCCCCCCCCCCCUCUCCCCCCAAGAUUUCUGGGGAACUGUGGAACUUGCUAGGACUAGCUGCUGUGUACCGCAACCAUUAAGCGGCCCUCAGAUAAGUUUGCAAAUAUUAAGCCAGAGGUCGGUGAAAGAUGGAGCCUCCCUUUUUUUAAAAAAAAAAGCUGUGCUAAUUUCAACUGUGGUACAGAGGGAGCUGUCAAUCCCUGAUCAGGUCCAGCUCCCGUGGCUACGGCAGCACAGUACCAGCAGGUGGAUCUAUGACAGCUUUUAGUCUGUUUGGUGUUUAAAAAAAAACAAUCUGCUGUACAGUGACAACUACUGAAAACCUGUUCCGUGGUCUCCACCAAGAUACACAGUUGGCUAGAGAUUGUAUGCAAAUUCUGUCUUCACCCAGACUUGCUCUGGUUUUAUAGCAUUUUGUCCCCUUUUCUUUGAAUCUAGAUAUUUUUCUCUCCUUUUUGCCCUUUACAAAGACCAUUCUCCCAGCUGAAGAGGGCAGGCUGUGACCAAUCAGCAUCUUCGUCGAACAGCUCCAGGAAGCACUGUAGAGCUGCUCAUGGUGCUUUAUUUCCAUAAGGAGCAUGGACUGGGCUCCCUUCUCCCUACACAUGUAGUAGUGCAGUGUGCUAGCGCCAGGCCUGCUGAGAAGGAGCCAGUAACACGCAUCCACAUACUUGCACUGUGCCAGCCAUCAUCACAAUUGUAGGGACAGCAUAUAACACUGAAAGGGGAAACAGUUAACCACUCACUUCUCCAUGGAGGGGAUUGUUUUUAAAGAGGUUUUAGAAAGUGGCCUGCAUGUCACUGAAAUGCUGAGUUCUGUGUGGGAUUUGGUCAUGUCCUUCAAAUGGAAUAAUGAGGCUUGGGAAGGAAGGUUAUGUCUCCCUAGUGCUGGCUUGGAACUGAUGAUGCAGUGGCUUGUCUGAGUCACUUUAGUACAGGCCUACUGCAGCUUGUAAUUCAUAUGCAGUUCCUAAUGGAUCCCCCUCUCUUUCUCUUUGAAUGUAUAUCUGAUAUCGCAGUGUUACCAGCAAUUUUGUUGAGCUCAUUCCUUUCUCUCCCAUAUUUGCGACACUGUUGGCAACACAAAAGAGUAAUCCAACAUCCAGACCUCAGUUGCAAACCUGGAGUCUUCUCCUAGGAGAAUGUAAGACAUUCCACCCCUGGAGCCCCCUGCUUAGGGGAAAGCAGCCAUAGCUUGUAAAUUGAUUCUGGAAAGUUAUCAAGGAAUCUUCUCCACUAAAAGGCUUGGAGCAGAAAGAGGAACAAAUAGAUAAGGCUUCUGAUAAAGGCCUUUUAGAGUUUAGAAGGAACUUGGGUGGCAAAGAGGCUGCCAGUGGUAAUGGUAAUGGGGUCUUCUCCAGCAGGCAACCAAAUGUCUCAGCUUCGCUCUUCCCUUCCGCUUCAAUGGAAUAGUCAGCUUAAUGCCAACUGUUAUACAUGCAGGCAAAGAGUGUAUUAGUGAGGCCCCUAGACUGUCUCCUGAUGGCUGAUAUGGUCUUACCAUUACUUGGCAUCGCUGUUCCUGCUCUGAUAUUGAACUACAUCCCAUUUAUGUACUGGACUCCACAGUGACCUCUGUGUCUGGUUUGGGUGGGAAAUGUUCUGUGUUUCCCCCUACUGCUGUGAGAGAGGGAGUGUGUGUGUUGGACUGAAAAUACUCUAUGCAUAAAAAAAUUGUAUUUCUGUAAAAAUACUUUAAUUAUCCCCAACUAAUAAUUGAUCCUUGGAGCUCGAGGAAAUCUACAUGAAAUCUGGGGAAAACCUCAUUCCUAGCCACUCCACGCAGAUUUCUUUUCCUCCUCAAGACCUGGGAAGGGAAAGCAGAACAGGCAACACAUCCAUGUGCCAAAGGGACUUUGAGCCACUUUAGGAACGGUGACCACCUCUGCUUAUCUGGUUUCUGCGGCUGGGACUCCACAACCAGUUUACAGAUGAUCCAUGUAUUCAGUCUUCGUGAGAUCCCUUUCACACUAUUAAUGUCAUCCACAAGGCACUGGUGGCUUAUGUAAAUUCAGCUCUAUGUUCUGAUUUUUUUCUAGAGAAAAUAAAAAGGAUGUAACUAGUC